AUGUUUACGUUCUGCCCGCUGCAAGGCGCGUGCUCCGAAUCAGCCGCUUCGCAAUCUAUCCUCGAGCUUGAUGGAGGAGUGAAGGUGCUGAUAGAUCUUGGAUGGGAUGAAUCUUUUGAUGUCGAGAAGCUCAAAGCGCUCGAAAAGAUACCCGUUUACGCCACGAGGCCAGUCAUCGACCUCGGACGAACACUUACCCAGGAUCUAUACUCAUCUACGCCACGGGCCGCAACGACCAUUCCGCACGAUUCCCUCAGCGAAGUCGCAUACUCUUACUCGCAGCAACCUACAACAGGUAGCAAUUUCCUGCUCCAGGCCCCGACACCCGAAGAGAUCACCCGAUACUUUUCUCUCAUCCAACCACUGAAAUAUUCACAACCGCACGAACCUCUACCAUCACCAUUCUCACCACCGCUUAAUGGCCUCACAAUCACGGCUUUUAAUGCCGGCCAUACCCUCGGUGGGACGAUAUGGCAUAUUCAGCAUGGGCUCGAGUCGAUCGUCUAUGCUGUAGACUGGAAUCAGGCUCGAGAAAACGUGUUCGCUGGCGCCGCAUGGCUCGGAGGAGCGGGAGCUGGCGGGGCAGAAGUCAUUGAGCAGCUACGCAAACCGACAGCUCUUAUCUGCAGCAGUCGCGGCGCCGACAGGAAUGCGCCAUCUGGUGGUCGCCGCAAACGCGACGAACAACUCAUUGACAUGAUCAAGCUGUGUGUGAGCCGAGGAGGAACGGUCCUCAUCCCUGCAGACUCGAGCGGACGUGUGCUGGAAUUAGCUUACCUUCUCGAACAUGCGUGGAGGCUCGAGGCAGGUAAGACCGACAGCGCUUUGAGAGCGGCUAAGCUGUAUCUGGCUGGCCGUAACGUGUCUAGCACCUUGCGAUAUGCGCGAAGCAUGCUCGAAUGGAUGGACGACAACAUCGUCCGCGAGUUUGAGGCCACGGCGGAUGGCCAACGGAAGGCCAACGGCAAUGACGGCAAGCAUGCAAAAGAUGCCGCGCCCUUCGACUUCCGAUUCAUGAGGCUUGUGGAACGAGAGGCACAAAUACGAAAACUCUUGAGUCAAACCUCAGAGAAUGUACGGUCGGAUGGUCGAGUCAUUGUCGCGAGCGACAACAGCUUGGAGUGGGGCUUCUCUCAUGAGCUCCUCCGAGAGCUUGCAAAGGACUCGAGAAAUCUACUAAUUCUGACUGACAAGCCUUCUCUUGCUCAGAGUGGACAGCCAUCUAUCGCAAGGAUCUUGUGGGACUGGUGGCAGGAACGCAGAGACGGCGUCUCGAUCGACCAGUCAGACAGCAAUGACAGCAUCGAACUUGUUUAUGGCGGUGGCCGCGCACUCACUGUUACGGACGCCAGGCGACAAGGACUUGAAGGCGACGAGCUCAGCACAUACCAACAGUGGCUUGCGACACAGCGCCAAUUGCAGUCGACACUCAACGCGGGGGUUGCUGGGUCUCUGGAAGCUCCAGCCGAUGUCGGGGAUGAUGGGUCCUCCGAAUCGUCAUCCGACUCAGGUGAAUCAGACAAUGAGCAACAAGUGGGUGGCAGUCAAGAGGAAACGACGACUCUGGCCGCAGACUGCAAGAAGUUGCUUGCCGCGCGCAUCGGUGCGUCCGAUGAGAGCGCGGUUGAUGUUUUUACGCCAGAAGUUGGCACGACUGUGGACGCCAGCGUUGAUACCAAUGCAUGGGUUGUGAAGCUCGGCGAUAGCCUUGUUAAGAAGCUCAAGUGGCAGAAUCUGCGAGGCCUAGGCAUUGUCACGAUCACAGGUCAGCUGCUUGGCGAGAGUCAUGCCAUCUCUGAGUCCACGGGUUCCAACAAGAGGCUCAAGACGGCGAGCAACGAUGACAGUGCGGCUUUCAAAGGUGAAGAAGGAGGUGAGGAUUCCGACAACAGAGCAGUCGAGGUAGUACCUGUUCUCGAUACACUACCUUUGAGCAUGGUGUCGGCGGUGCGGUCGGUCGCACAGCCACUCCAUGUCGGCGACCUGCGGCUUACGGACUUGCGGCGGGCAAUGCAAUCGACCGGCUACACGGCCGAGUUCCGGGGCGAGGGCACGCUUGUCAUCAAUGGGGCUGUGGCAGUGCGCAAGACGAAUAUGGGCAGGAUAGAAGUGGAGAGCGUUGGUGUGGCAGAUCCGUCCGCUAUGAUGCAGCAAAGGAGCACGUUCUACGAGGUGAAGCGGAUGAUUUACGAUGGGCUCGCCGUCGUCGCAGGAGCUUAA